AUGAACACCUUCCGCGUCCUCAAAACCGCCGUAACAGAUGUAGCGGCCACGACGACCCAACCAGGUGCGACCACGGCGGCGCGCACCGGCGUCCUCAACCUCUCAAAGGGCUUCACCGUCCAAACCCCGAACUUCCUCGCACCGACUUCUCGCGGUGUAGUACCACACAUAUCGCCCGAUAAUUUCGAAAGGAAUACAGGCGUCGAAGGUGUCUUUGUAGCACUCGAGGAUUUCAUAGAGAAAGCCCCUCAACGCAUCCCACCGCUUUAUACCUACCCCUCCACCCUCCGCUCCUUCAUCUCCCUCCCUUCAUCGGCCUUUCUUCUCCUCUCCGCACGUCGCUCUCCAAAUAUCACAUGUCCUAAAGCGAAUUCAGAUGCAAACCUUUCGAUCUUAACAUCAGUCGGCUUUCGAGACCUCCCAAUCAAGGACUAUGUAUCCGCCGUCAUCAGAUUAGAGCCGGACAUCGUCCUCGGAAUAGCAGAUAUUGCAAAUACUGUUUCUCCGGGGAAGAAUAGAGUACAAAAGAUGGUGAAUAGGACGGUGAAAUGGUUGGAUGAGCUUUUGGGUAGUGUUUAUGCUGGUGGUAGUAGUAGUGGUGGUGGUGAUAAUAAUUCUACGGAUGAGAAAGAUACUGUGAAGAAAUUACCUGCAGUUUUUGCACCUAUAUUACCGUUAGAGAAGGAACGACAGAGGUUUUAUUUAAGCCAUUUGGUUGAGAAUGUAGAAAAGCUUUCGGGACUGGUGUUUACGACUAAUGAAUCGGUGGAUGUGGUACCAGAGGAACUGGCCGGGUUACCGAAGUUACAGUCAGAUGUUGUGGGCGGACCGCAUCAAGUGCUUGAGAUGGUUGAAAGAGGGGUAGAUUUAUUCAAUGUGGGAUUCGUGGGGACCAUGACGGAUGCUGGGAUUGCUUUACAUUUCAGUUUCUCGGCUGAUGAAGUUAUGGAUAAUGGUGGGAAGGAUAAAUUGGAUUUGGCGACUGAUAUGUGGGAUGUGAAGUUUGCGACUGAUUUAUCGCCUUUGGAGGAAGGUUGUGAUUGUUAUACGUGUAAGACACAUCAUAAGGCGUAUAUCAGACAUUGCUUGGAGGCGAAGGAGAUGACGGCGUGGGUUUUGUUGCAGAUUCAUAAUUUGAAGGUUGUGGAGAGGUUCUUUGGGGGUGUUAGGAGGAGUAUUGAGGAGGGUUGGUGGGAGAAGGGGAGGAGUGGGUUUGAAGUGAAAUAUACGAGGGAGAUGCCGGUGGGGACGGGUUUGGGGCCUAGGUUGAGAGGGUAUCAGUACAAGUCUGUUGGCGGUGAGGGUAAGCUGAAUGAACCAGCAUAUAGGUCGUUAGAUUCGGGUGACGAAGAUGGUUUGUAG